AUGAGUGCCAUGGACCAGGAGCUCCAGAGUGCAGAGGACGAGACGAAGACCGAGAGGAAGAGGGAGGAUGUGCGUAGCUACUGGGCUUCGGUGAAGAAGGACGACAAGGCGCUCAGCCGGUUUGAUCUUAGCGACCUGGAGAACAAAAUAUUCUCUUGGUCCGUCCAAGAUAUCUUCAACAGCGACCUCUUCAGGAAGCAGGUCAAGAGCAUACCGGAUACCUUCAUGUCAUUGCCCACUUAUUUGGAUUCAUUCACAUUCCCUCUCAUUGAAGAAGUACAUGCUGAUGUCUUUUCAUCAUUGGACGGUUAUGCCCAGGCAAACUUUAUAGAAAUAAUCUGGGUGGAGAAGUUUGAUGACGAGAAAUCAAUAUUCUGUUUUGAGGUUUCCGAGCCAUCAAAGUAUCAGAAGUCGAGGGAGACAUACAAUCCCAAAGAGGGGGACAUAAUAAUUUUGUCCUUGCAGAAACCACAGCAUGUGUCUGAUUUGAGACAAACUAAGGCAUCAUAUGUUUUCGGUUCAGUUCUGAAAUCUGGAGACAAAGAAGAUGGAGAUUUCCCAGCCAAUUUUUGCAUCGUUCGGUUUUCAUCCAAUAUUCCCGUUGAAGUAGACCCAGAAACAGGAACGCCUUUGGCGCCAUCAUUUGCUGUGUUUCUCAUAAAUAUGAUGACGUACAACCGUAUAUGGAAGUGCCUGCAUAUGGAAGCUUCUGAUAUCGCUAAUCUGGUGUGGCCAUACAAGCUAAAGUACAUGGACAUGCACAUGCUCUUCCUGUCUGCUUAUGUUUGUUUUGUCAACCUAAGGCUCUCCAAUGCAAGAAUUCCUUUGCGUUAA